AUGCUGGUCCGGCGACGGACGCUGCGCAGCAACGCCACGCUCAGCCUCAGCGAGCAGCAGCUGCUGAACUGCGCCGUGGAGGACGCCUGUCGGCAGGGCGGCGACGCCGGCACCGCCCUCUCCUACGUCAAGAACUACGGCCUGUCGGAGGAGAAGGCGGUCCCCUAUGUGGGCGGCAACGGGCCGUGUCCGUACGCCGCCAUCGACUACUUCUACCCGAUUGACGAGUACUGCGUGCGCAGUCGCUUCCGCUACAGCUACCAGUCGCUGACGGAGCAGGUGGACGACGCGGAGAUGCAGCGCAUUCUCGUGCAGAUGGGCCCGCUCUAUGUGGUGGUCGAUGGUCGGCCGGAGCUGUUUCGAAAUUACCGCUCCGGGGUGGUCGAUGAGAGCGAGGGCUGCAGCAAUGGCGGACAGGUGAAUCAUGCCGUGCUGCUGGUCGGCUAUACCGAGGAUGCCUGGCUGCUGCGCGACAGCUACGGAAGACGCUGGGGCGAGGAGGGCUACUUCCGCCUGGCCAGGGGAAGGAAUGUCUGCGGGGUGAACAGCGAGAUUGCCUGGCCGCUUAUCUAG